UUUCGGUCAGAUGGUGGUCACCUAGUUCAUCAAAAGUAUUAAGGACACCAAGGGCAUCCAGGGCACCAAGGGCACCAAGGCUAUCCAGGGCACCAAGGACACCAAGGCUGUUCAGGUCAUCCAGGGCACCAAGGUCAUACAGGGCACCAAGGUUAUUCAGGGCACCAAGGUCACCAAGGUUAUUCAGGGCACAAAAAAGCCAAAAGCCAGUGAAGAGGGUAACUGGAACACAUAUUAUCUUAAAAAAGCCUUUCGUGUCUGUUUCCCCCUUGAGACGACUUUCAGGCUAAUGCAGAUAAAUUCUCUGGCUAUCUGGAGUCUUCAGAUCACUGUAGCAAGCUGAGGCGUCAGAAAAUGUAUAAUAGCGGCAACCACACAUGUGUCUUUGACAUCACUCACGUCAUCCCAUCACGGGUCUACCUAUGGCGCCCCCCGACAGCAUCCACCUCUUCACCCUACUCACAUGAAAAUAUGACGUCAGCCUUCAUGCACCCGGGCUCAGUGUACGUACCUCGCUCAUCUAUUUCCACACGUGUCAACCUACGGCAACACUUCCGCUCAAGCUAACCCCACCCCAAUGAGCGGCACGCCAACCGGCUCUAUGUGGCCACCCGACAACCUGGCCAUGGCCUACCCCCUCAGUCUGGCCCAUCUAGAUUCGGCUUCUCCCCUCCCCAGAGUGGCCAAAUGAUGAGCCCAGAGUCAAGCUACACCGGCACCCCGUUAGCAAGGACACCGUCUGCUCUAAACGCUAAUCUUAACCCCUAUUCCCCCUACAUGCGGGCGGAGUUCAAUGCUUGGAGCAACUUCAGCAACAUGGCCUUACAGGGCUUCAAGCAAACAGUGGACCAGGACGGCCAGGAGUGCUGGGUAGAUCCCGAGGGUCGGGAGUGUGUCAACUGUGGAGCGGUGGCCACGCCCCUGUGGAGGCGGGACGGUACGGGCCACUACCUGUGUAAUGCCUGUGGGCUGUACCACAAAAUGAAUGGACUGAACAGACCACUGGUAAAACCACAUAGACGAGGAAUGUUAGGGGUGUCAGCCUCUAGACGUGUGGGCAUGAUCUGCGCCAACUGCAGGACCUCGACCACCACGCUCUGGAGGAGGAACACAGAAGGGGAGCCAGUGUGUAACGCCUGUGGUCUCUACUACAAGUUGCACGGGGUCAACCGGCCACUAUCCAUGCGAAAAGAUGGAAUACAAACUAGAAAGAGAAAGCCGAAAGGUUCAUCGAACGCCAAGAAAUCUUCCAAGCCUUUUGAUUCUUCUAGUAAGCAGCAUGUUGAACAUUUUACUUCAGGUUUUGAUGAGCGAAAGCCAAUGGUUCAGCCUGGGUCACCUGACAGUGGGGCCAACCCAAGCAGGGCCAAACCAAAUGGGGGUGCCAUCACGGAGACACCCCUGAGUCACCAUCUCCAUUCAUUACAGCUACAGCAGACACCACCAACACACGGCUUUUUGGGAGCUGAUGAUCGAAAACCAAUCUUACAGUCUGAAUCAGCGGUUGAACCGGCUCUCGGCACCAAGACCGACCAUGGUGCCACUCACAGACACGCUGAGGCUGUCCUGCUCAGCCAACACCAUCAGCUACAGCAACAAACUCACAACUUCCUCAAUGCAAACAGCCACACACUGGGCGACCCGUUUGUUAGCAUGGCCAACAUGACAAGCAUGGCCAACAUGACAAGCAUGGCCAAUAUGACAAGCAUGGCCAACAUGACUAACAUGGCCAACAUGACAAGCAUGGCCAACAUGACUAACAUGGCCAAUAUGACAAGCAUGGCCAACAUGACCACACCUAGCAGAUCGUCAACACUUGCUAUGUACGGCCAGCUGUCCCCUGGGCCACAGAUGGAGACUAAACCAAAUGUGUCAGCUGUCAAUCAUUAUCUCACUCAUUAAGUCAGCUGUCAAUCUUUAUCUCGCUCAUUAAGUCAGCUGUCAAUCUUUAUCUCACUCAUUAAGUCAGCUGUCAAUCAUUAUCUCACUCAUUAAGUCAGCUGUCAAUCAUUAUCUCACCCAUUAAGUCAGCUGUCAAUCUUUAUCUCACUCAUUAAGUCAGCUGUCAAUCAUUAUCUCACUCAUUAAGUCAGCUGUCAAUCAUUAUCUCACCCAUUAAGUCAGCUGUCAAUCAUUAUCUCACUCAUUAAGUCAGCUGUCAAUCAUUAUCUCACUCAUUAAGUCAGCUGUCAAUCAUUAUCUCACCCAUUAAGUCAGCUGUCAAUCAUUAUCUCACUCAUUAAGUCAGGUGACUUAGCCUUAGAUCGAUUCCGCCUAUCGUUAAGAACAUUGAUUCAUGUAAAAAUCAAUCGAUCUAAAUUAGUGGAUCUAAUCGAUCUAAACCAGUUUGUUAGAAUCAUUAGACCAGAAGCAACAGAACAAAAAUAAGAAAUGACUGAAUACAGCUACAUAGAUUGUCGUCCCUGACUGAAUACAGCUACAUAGAUUGUCGUCCCUGACUGAAUACAGCUACAUAGAUUGUUGUCCCUGACUGAAUACAGCUACAUAGAUUGUCACCCCUGACUGGAUACAGCUACAUAGAUUGUCGUCCCUGACUGAAUACCGCUACAUAGAUUGUCGUCCCUGACUGAAUACAGCUAUAUAGAUUGUCGUCCCUGACUGAAUACAUCUACAUAGAUUGUCGUCCCUGACUGAAUACAGCUACAUAGAUUGUCGUCCCUGACUGAAUACAGCUACAUAGAUUGUCGUCCCUGACUGAAUACAGCUACAUAGAUUGUCGUCCCUGACUGAAUACAGCUAUAUAGAUUGUCGUCCCUGACUGAAUACAGCUACAUAGAUUGUUGUCCCUGACUGAAUACAGCUACAUAGAUUGUCACCCCUGACUGGAUACAGCUACAUAGAUUGUCGUCCCUGACUGAAUACAGCUACAUAGAUUGUCGUCCCUGACUGAAUACAGCUACAUAGAUUGUGGUCCCUGACUGAAUACAGCUACAUAGAUUGUCGUCCCUGACUGAAUACAUCUACAUAGAUUGUCGUCCCUGACUGAAUACAGCUACAUAGAUUGUCGUCCCUGACUGAAUACAGCUACAUAGAUUGUCGUCCCUGACUGAAUACAGCUACAUAGAUUGUCGUCCCUGACUGAAUACAGCUACAUAGAUUGUCGUCCCUGACUGAAUACAGCUACAUAGAUUGUCGUCCCUGACUGAAUACAGCUACAUAGAUUGUCGUCCCUGACUGAAUACAGCUACAUAGAUUGUCGUCCCUGACUGAAUACAGCUACAUAGAUUGUCGUCCCUGACUGAAUACAGCUACAUAGAUUGUCACCCAUGAGACCGCCCCACCCCUCUGUACAAUAGGAUUUAAUAUACUCUUUAAAAGUAUUAAUUUAUUGUUAAAUUGAUUGACUUAUUUUUAGCGUUAAACUAUGAAGCCUGAAAUUUGAGAAAGCUAUUGAUAAAAUAAGUGGUAAUUUACUUUGAAAUAAGCACAUCAGAUGUAUUAAACAUAUAAAAUGUAAAUGUGUAGGCCUAUAACAUUAAGGGUAGGUGUUAAUAUAGCUCGAAUAUAGGAUGUGUAAAUAGCACGGAUGGUAGAUGUGUAAAUAGCACGAAUGGUAGAUGUGUAAAUAGCAUGAAUGAUAGAUGUGUAAAUAGCACGAAUGGUAGAUGUGUAAAUAGCACGAAUGGUAGAUGUGUAAAUAACAUGAAUGAUAGAUGUGUAAAUAGCACGAAUGGUAGAUGUGUAAAUAGCACGAAUGGUAGAUGUGUAAAUAACAUGAAUUGCGAGGUUACUUAUGUUAACAGCUUUGGGCGAGGUGUGACUCCAAAGUAUUUAUUUGUUUCGAUUUUUUAGUAAUUUAUAAUAUCUAAAAGUAAAUAAUAAUUCUAUCUAUAUUGUAAUAAAAUAUUGUAUAUAAGAUUAAACAAUA